CCUUCUCCCUCCCUAAAACCAAAUUUCCCCUCACAAACCCCAAUAUUUCCCCUCUCAAAAACCAACUUUCCCCCCCCUCAGGAAAACAACCCUUCCCCCAACUCCCUGAGCGCGAUCUCCGUCCUCAACAACUCGUUUUUCAUUUUUCCUCCUCAAAAACUGGUCCCCUCCCUGUCUGCUUUAAAGAAAAAAAGUAACUUUUUCCUCGGGAAAAGACAUUUUUUCCUCAGAAGAGGGCAUUUUUUCUCUCAAAAGCGGGAUGCCCCCCCCCGUCCCCCGUCCCGCGCCGCCUCUCCUCAGCCCGCCCCGGCGAGGGGCGCGAGGCGGUGGCGGGCCGGGCCGCGCUGAGGAGAGGGAGGAGGAGGAGGAGGAGGAGGAGGAGGAGGAGGAGGAAGGAGGAGGAGCGGCCCUGCUCCGCUCCCGGCGAGCUCAACAAAGGCCGUCGGGGCAUGGCGGGGGCCGUGCCGCCCGCCUAGGGCCGGUGCGGUCCGGGAUGGCGGCGCAGGGCGGCGGGUGGCGCUGGGCGCUGGCGCUGGGCAUGGCGAUGGCGCUGGGCGGCCGCCGCUCCUCCAGCCCCGCCGCCGCCGCCGCCGCCCCGUUCCUCAACGCCUCGGCCGUUCCCGAGCGCUGCCGCCGCCCCGCGCCCUGCGAACGGCUCCGUUACGGUGCCUGCCUGGGUUCGGCGCUGCCUUACGCCGCCACAUCCACCUUGUUGGCCGCCGACUCCGCCUCGCAGGAGGAGGCUCACGGAAAGCUCCUGCUCUGGUCCGGCCUGCGCAAUGCCCCACGCUGCUGGGACGUCAUCCAGCCCCUGCUCUGCGCCGUCUACAUGCCCAAGUGUGAGGACGGCCAGGUAGAGCUGCCCAGCCAGACCCUCUGCCAGGCCACCCGGGCGCCCUGCACCAUCGUGGAGCGCGAACGUGGCUGGCCCGACUUCCUCAAGUGCACGCCCGACCGAUUCCCCGAGGGAUGCCCGAACGAGGUGCAGAACAUCAAGUUCAACAGCUCGGGGCAGUGCGAGGCGCCGCUGGUGCGGACGGACAACCCCAAGAGCUGGUACGAGGACGUGGAGGGUUGUGGCAUCCAGUGCCAGAACCCGCUCUUCACUGAGAAGGAGCACCGUGAAAUGCACGUCUACAUCGCUGCCUUCAGCUCCGUCACCAUCUUCUGCACCUUCUUCACCCUGGCCACGUUUGUCGCCGACUGGAGGAACUCCAACCGCUACCCUGCCGUCAUCCUCUUCUAUGUCAACGCCUGCUUCUUUGUGGGCAGCAUCGGCUGGUUGGCGCAGUUCAUGGAUGGUGCCCGCGACGAGAUCGUCUGCCGGGCUGAUGGUACCAUGCGGCUGGGGGAACCCACCUCCAACGAGACGCUCUCCUGCGUCAUCAUCUUUGUCAUCGUCUACUACUCGCUGAUGUCGGGUGUCAUCUGGUUCGUCAUGCUGACCUAUGCCUGGCACACCUCCUUCAAGGCACUGGGCACCACCUACCAGCCACUGCUGGGCAAGACCUCCUACUUCCACCUCAUCACCUGGUCCAUCCCCUUCGUCCUCACCGUCGCCAUCCUGGCUGUGGCGCAGGUGGAUGGUGACUCCGUCAGUGGCAUCUGUUUUGUGGGCUACAAGAACUACCGCUACCGGGCCGGCUUUGUCCUGGCACCCAUUGGGCUCGUCCUCAUCGUGGGAGGCUAUUUCCUCAUCCGGGGGGUCAUGACACUCUUCUCCAUCAAGAGCAACCACCCCGGGCUGCUGAGUGAGAAGGCGGCCAGCAAGAUCAAUGAGACCAUGCUGCGGCUGGGCAUCUUCGGCUUCUUGGCCUUCGGUUUCGUCUUCAUCACUUUUGGCUGCCACUUCUAUGACUUCUUCAACCAGGCAGAGUGGGAGCGCAGCUUUCGGGAAUACGUCCUGUGCGAGGCCAACGUGACCAUCGCCACGCAGACCAACAAGCCCAUCCCGGAUUGUGAGAUCAAGAACCGGCCGAGCCUGCUGGUGGAGAAGAUCAACCUCUUCGCCAUGUUCGGCACCGGUGUCUCCAUGAGCACCUGGGUCUGGACCAAGGCCACCCUGCUCAUCUGGAAGCGUACCUGGUGCAGGCUGACGGGGCAAAGCGACGACCAGCCCAAGAGGAUCAAGAAGAGCAAGAUGAUCGCAAAGGCCUUCUCCAAGCGCAAGGAGCUGCUGCGCGACCCGGGCCGGGAGUUGUCCUUCAGCAUGCACACCGUCUCGCACGACGGCCCUGUGGCUGGUUUAGCGUUUGACAUCAACGAGCCGUCGGCCGACGUGUCCUCGGCAUGGGCCCAGCAUGUCACAAAGAUGGUGGCCAGGAGAGGGGCUAUCCUGCCCCAGGACAUCUCCGUGACGCCUGUGGCGACGCCUGUGCCGCCGGAGGAGAGGGCCAACCUCUGGGUGGUGGAGGCCGAUGUCUCCCCCGAACUGCAGAAACGCAGCGCUCGCAAGAAGAAGCGGAGGAAGAAGAAGAAGGAGGUGUGCCCAGGCCCCGAGCGCUGCCCUGCAGCCCCCCCAGCCCCCAGCACCGUCCCUCGCCUGCCCCGGUUGCCCCCCCAGCCCUGCCUGGUCGCCUUCGCCCCCGACGUCCUCUCGGGCCUCCCACCUGGCCAGCCCGAAGCCACCUUCACUGGGGGGCUGUGGGACGGCCGCCGCAGAACCAACGUCUUCCACCUCAUCAGCAACCCCUUCUGCCCUGAGAGCGGGUCCCUGGAGGAGGAGAGCCCCGGCCCCAGCAGCGGGCGCCAGCAGCACAAUGGGGGUCUGCUCUGGCCCCACGGCACCCUGCCCCACGGUGGGGGACCGAGGACUCAGGGCCGACGGGCCGGCUUGGCCCCCAUCCACUCUCGGACCAACCUGGUGGAUGCGGAGCUGCUGGACGCUGAUUCGGACUUUUGAACCCAUCAGGGAUGUUGCGAGGGGACGGGGACAGUUGGGGUGAGACCCCAAACCUCACCCAGCAUGGGUGGCCUGUGAGGGGACACCGAAGCCCACCCCAUCCUGCCGGGGCCAGUUCCAAGCAUCCCCCUGGCCCGGCCACGGCUGAUUUCUCCCCUCGGAGUGCGGCAUUUCUUUGCCCGGAUGGACUCGAUGCACAUCCCAGCAUGACAAGACACCGGCAGAAGGGUUUUGGGGUCUCCCUCGGCAUCGCUGAGAGAAGAGAAAUGGGGCGUCGAUGGACCAAACCCCACACAGGUCCUGCGGGGAUUUGAGGACGAGGGGGACGGGCGCGGUGCCCCCCCAGGACAGCAGUGCCGGACAGUGGGUGAGCGUAGGUUCGGGGUGCAUUUUGGUGAGCUUUGUCCCAUGUCUCGGGGUGCUGGGACCCGCCGACACCCCUCACUCGCCCUCUGCCCCCACCCGCGGCUAGAUGGUGCAUAGAGCUUACAAACACGUGUGCCAAUAGGGUUGGGUUUUUUUGAUUAUUAUUAUUUUUAAAUUUUUUUUAUAAUACACUGAGACAUAACGGCCAGGCACGGCCUCCGCUAGGGUGUGGGAUAAGCUGAACCCCCUCACUGGGCGGUGGCGGCGGCAUCCCCAGGGUGCACCCGUUUUUCUGGGUGCCCCGUUAUUUCUUCAGGGGUCCCAAAGUGCCUUCCAGCUCCCCAGAGAGCUGAACCAGACCCAAACCGCAGGGUUGGGGGACGGUGGUCCCCGGCCACAGGAGAUGGGGAACCGUGUUGGGGUUCCUUGAGCCACGAUGCAAAAGAAAAACAACCCCAAACCCAAGCGAAAGUUUAAAAUCCCCGGGGUGAGCCAAGGUUGCCUUUGCUGUCGGGAUGCACCACCCCCCCACCCCUGCCCAGAGCGAAGCUUUUUAUUACUUUUCUUAAGGAAAAAAAAACCCCGAAGUUACAGUGGACCCGGCCAAGCCCUGACGUAGGAGGACUCCGGUCCCUGCUGGUGUUUUGUAUCUGUCCAUUAUCCCUGUACGUGUCUUUAUUAAACCCUGGUAGGCUCCUGGCUUUCUCGCGAUCCCGGUGACCUCCUCGGGUUAAUUUUUGCUGUGUAAAGGAAAAAACCCUCCUCUAUCAGUAUUAAAUUUGCCAAGUUUUCAUUGC